AUGUCCUCACGUAAUCCCGGCCCUUACAUGCAGCAAACCCCUAUGGGGUUUCCGUCUUACUGUCGACGGAUGAACAAGGACGGUGACGCGAGAAAGGCGUUUCUUCAGAGUGAAGUCAACGGCAGAGUCUACAACGCAGUAUACGAGACUUUGGGUAUCAAGGGUCCGAUCCGUGAAAAUCAGCAUGUUGGAAGAAAUCGGAUACAUUUGCGCGAUAUCCAUAACGGCUAUUCACGCGGAAAUUUCAGAUGGAGUCAGAUGUCCAAACAUGGUUGGAUGCAGGCGUGGCGAGAAGGGUGGUUCCUCAAAUACGGGCUGGAUCCGGAUAGAAAGCAGUAGCGUUGUUGACGAGAAAAAGGAACUUUUUGUGAAAGUGAAAUUUUAAUUUUGACUUUUGCAUUUGUGCCGUGACGAGGGCUAGAACAUGAUGAUGAUGUUUUCUUCAGGUGUCUUCGUCAAGAAUAGAAACAAGAUUCCUUCCAAGGCCCCUUUUCGAGAGGGUCGCCAACAUUCUUG